CAACGAGGGAGAAAGAGAAACGCCGUUCGGCCAUUCGUUUGUGUGCACGAGGGCAGGAGAUCCAGUCCAGGCCUCGCGCAGACUAUUUCUCAAGCAACUGACAUUAAAAAUAGAAGCUCGGAGCGCGGACGCUUCAGGAGACAUGAGCGGUGCGAGUCUGCGCUCUGCAUCGAUGCGGCACUAUAAUGGACACGUUCUUAAUAUUUAGGCAAGGCCAUUGUUUCAUUCAUCAAAGGAAGCUCGCGCCGAUAAAAAACGUCGGACACUUCCAUUGGAGUGUUUGUUGAACCUCUUCUCUCAGUCCCCUUCCUUGGCCAUUGUAAGUCCGCUUGUUUUAAAGGAGGCGAACGCAAUGUCCGGUCGCAGCAUUUCGUAUGGUGGUGAGAGGACGUGAGCGGCUCGCGGAGACCGUCGGGAGGAUGCCACGCGCUUUGCGGAGGCUCGUGCAUCUCGUGCUGCUGUGCCCGCUUCCCAAGGGCCUGCAGUCCCGUAUGCCUGCAGUGAAGGUGAAGUACCUGAUGGUGGCAUGGUUGGGUGUAUUGGUGACCAGCUGGGUUGUCUACAUACAAUACUCCUCCUACUCUGAGCUAUGCAGGGGCCAUGUCUGCACUAUGCUCAUUUGCGAGCACUACCGUAAGGGGAUUAUCUCUGGCUCUGUGUGUAAGUCUUUGUGUGAGGAAAAAACUCUAACUCUGCAGCGCUGCCUCUCCACAUCACCUACGCAUCAGGUAUACAGUGCCGUGUGGAAAGAGAAAGCUGUGGUAGUAAAGUGCGGAUUACAUGAUGCGCAGCGUGAUGCCAGUCUCUAUGAUAAACCCACACGUGGCACGUCCAUGGAUGAAUUUCGAGAGAUGCUGCACUCUUUUCUUAAGAACAGCCUGGGUGAACAGCUGUCUCUUGGCUCACUUGUCUCGCGUAUUAUCUCACUGGCUGAUGUCAACGCUGAUGGUAAAGUCUCUCUAGCUGAAGCAAAGUCAGUGUGGGCUCUACUACGCAUUAAUGAGUUUGUCUUGACUCUGGUACUACAGGAUAAAGAGCAUGCACCCCGUCUAUUGGGGUUUUGUGGCCAACUUUACACCACAGAGCAUGUGGCCCACAGCACACUCUUCAGUGUAAACAUACCAUCCUGGCUUCACCCCCUGGUGCCCACAGCUCUAAGCAGUUCGCUAAACCACUGGCUGGCUCCAGCCUGGCCACGCCGUGCCCGUGUCGCGAUUGGUCUGCUAGAGAUGGUCGAGGAACUCUUCCAUGGUGCCUAUGGCACUUUCUACAUGUGUGAUGCCACACCUCAGCGAGUGGGCUACAGUACCAGCUAUGACUGCAAGAUGCCUGACCUGGGAAGUGUGGUACCGGAAGCAACCGUACGGGCUUUCCUGAGAGGACGAGCUUGUCAAGUCAACAGUGAUUGCACAUUUGGGAGCGACUGCACAGCCACAUGUGACCGCCUGGCCAAACAAUGCAACAUGGAAGUGGUGCGACCAAAUUUGGCUAAAGUGUGUGCCCUUCUGAGGGAUUUCCUAUUUUUUGGGGCUCCGUCUGACCUAAUGGAUGACUUGGACAAGCAACUGCGCACCUGCAUGACACUGAGUGGUCUAGCCUCUCAAAUGGAGGUGCAUCACUCACUUGUGUUAAACAACCUCAAAACGCUGCUAUGGAAGAAGAUCUCAGACACCAAGUAUUCAUGAUAAAAAAUUCUUGUUAAGGAUGGUCAAAACAUGGACACAGAAAUAUGGAAGGAAUUCCUCUGACGAAAGGAAAUGCCAGUACAUUGACCAGUAGUCUUAACACAGAAUAGAAUGGCAAAUAGUUUUGUAGAUCGGACAUUAACAAGGGACGUACUUUCAUCCUAGAUGUAAAUUUGAAUGGACUAUUCUUGAGCCAUACCCUUGAGUAAAGCUUUAGUAAAAUGUCUUUAAUAGUGUGCCUCAGGAAAUCUCUUUAAUGAACCAGAAAUAUAGAGGGUAAGGGGGCUUAUUUUAUCUACUUCCCAUAAUCCCAAAUUUUACUCCCUACUCCUGAAGAUAGUCAGAAAUACAAAGGGAGGUGAUAGUUUAACUGUUCUCAAAACUCUUCCUCAGAUAGCCUGCAUUUUCCCCCAUUCCUAGCUUCCAACAGACUUAGUUAAAUAGUCCAACAUUGGCUUUUUACCUUCAUUUCUAUGAGUUACUGGGCGGACGUCUUUGGUAGACAAAAAAAAAAGAAAAAAAGAAAUCUCAGUAUUAAAAAUGGGUUACAAAUAACAUCUAUAAUUGGUGACCAGUUGUUGCAAAUUGAAGUGGGUCAAUAAAACUCAGGUUUAAUGUUGUGCAGUUUCAUUAGAAAGCUGGUGUGUUGUUCCCAGCACAAAUGGCCGUGGAAUCUGCACACUUUGGCUUUCAGUUGCUUCUGUCUCUCAGCUGUCUGUAUUCUGAAAUGUGAUCUCUUCUUUGAUCCAUUAUUUACUUAAUGGCAAUCAAAAAAUUAUAUGUAAAAUAAUUUUUUUUGUGAAGUGAAUAUUUGUCAAAAAUCAAAAAUGUACUCUUUUCUCCCUGUUGUCACUGAUUGUAGAUGGAUGUCCAAAUGCAGGCUAUUUAUUAAGUCAAACAAAAUGGACAUGAACUAAGAUUUCAAGGCAAGAAAUACACACACUAGAGGUGAUAAUAGUUCACACAAGACAAACAGUUGACAAAGAUAACAGAAGAAAUAGUGUUAUUAAUGAGGUGAAACAAGGUACAGGAACAGGUUAUCAUAUGGACAUAUGAUCAGGUCAUGUGAUGUGCCAGGGAUGAGAAAUAUAGUUCCUGCUCUGUUGCUGGGACUGACAUGACACCUACACACUAAUGCCGAAGAGACAAAAGACAAAAUUUCUACUAAAUGUUAGGAUAGUAAAAGUGGUAAUGAUUAGCUAAUAUUAGCAAAAUAUCCAACGUUUUAUCACAUGUCUCCUUAGAGGGCAGUAUGCAAAUAUGCAAAGAUACUUUCCAGGUCAUAGGUUUACAUGGCAGUCAUUAUAUAAUAUUAAACAGAAUAUGCACUGUUGUACUGGAUAGAAAUUUAAUUCCAGGCAACUUCAGUGACUUGACUCUGUUGCAGUAAGUAUACACAGGAAUAGUUUUUAUUCUGACUGAGCUCAGUCAAAUAAUUAGUGGAUUAUUUGGCUGUAUGCAAAUGUACCUCUUGUGUCCCCCCCACCACCACCACCACCACCGCCUCCCAACUACAGCACACCACUGUCAUAUUUCAGUCAAAGCCCUGAUGGCAAGUUGGUGAGGAACACAUGUUGAAGCUUUAUAUGAAUACAGGUUUUGUUCUAGCUGAAAUGUGGACCAGCAAAAACAGUUCGGAAAAGCAACUUUGUGGUGUUAAUGCACAUUGGGACAAAAUUAAUCAUUAAAAAAGUUUUUUUUUGGUUUGUUUGUUUUUAAAUUAUGUUGUGAAACGUAAUUUUUUUUUGUGUGGCUGUCAUUAGUAUUUUCAUUGCGUCACAUGGUGAGCUCCAUGUCAUAUUUCGAUUAUAUAAAGUGGUGAAGCAGAGUUUAUAGUAGGCUUACUUUAUUAUUUAUGACUACUCCAUCUCUGCUCUGUUGUGACCCGGUUCAUUAUGUAAGCCUACAUAUAUUUGUAAAUAAAAUGUGGUUAAAAUACAACCAAAUGAU